GGUCAUAGAGCGUAAUGGAGCACUUAUAUCACUGAGACUGUUUAUCUACCAGAGAAAAAACUUUCGCAACACACGCAAACCUGACCACACCUCGUGUCCGCUGCACCCUACGAACAUCUUCAGGAACUUAGGCUACACCACCACGUGUCUGCGGUGCCAGUAUUUAACACCUGAAGGAACAUCGACAAAAAUCAGCACCAUCGGCCUCUACUGUUCGCGUUUACAUCACAUCUACAAACUUCGCUAACUCCUUGAACACAUUUUAAGAUGUCGGGAAGAAAGCGGGUAGCUAUUAUAGGGGGUGGCUCAAGUGGACUGACAGCAAUAAAGUGUUGUUUGGACGAGGAUCUUGAGCCUGUGUGUUUCGAGAGGGCUGACCAGCUUGGGGGUUUGUGGUAUUAUAAGCCAGAGGGUAAACUUGAUGGUGAGUCCACUGUCAUGAAGUCCACCAUCAUCAACACAAGCAAGGAGAUGAUGAGCUGGAGCGACUUCCCCAUGCCCAAAGAAUAUCCCAACUUCAUGCACAACACCUACGUCCUUAAAUACUUCCAGCUAUACGCAGAGAGGUUUGGUCUGAAAAAAUACAUCAAGUUUAACCACGCGAUCAUCAAGAUUACUCCCGCCAAGGAUUUUGAGAGCACGGGGCAGUGGGAGGUCCGGUACAAGAACCUGAAAGAGGACAAAGAGUACACGGAGAUCUUUGAUGCUGCGUUGUGUUGCACUGGUCAUCAUGCCAACAAAAAUGAACCGAAAUUCCCCGGGCACGAAGAGUUUCAGGGAAAGAUUUUGCACUCCCAUGACUAUAGAGAUCAACGAGGCUAUGAAGACAAAAGGGCUGUAGUCGUUGGUGUUGGCAACUCAGGAAAUGAUGUAGCAUCAGAGCUGGGGAAAGUGGCAGAAAAGGUAUAUUUUUCCACGCGACGAGGGUUUUGGGUGACAUUUAAAUCAGACAAGAAGGGGUUUCCUUGGGAUAUCAACCAACUGCGGAGGCUUCCUCAGUUUUUUCUGAGCUUUCUCCCUUACUCUUGGAAAUGUACCAUGGCAGAAAACGCAAUCAACGAGCGGUUUGACCACGAAACAUUUGGACUGAAACCGAAGCAUCGUAUUUUCAGUCAACACGGUACCGCUAACGACGAGCUCCCAAUCCGAGUCUUGAGCGGCACGGUGGCCAUUAAACCAAACGUUGUCGGUUACACAAAAACUGGCGUCAAAUUCGAAGACGGAACCGUAGAGGACAACAUUGACCUGGUGGUUCUUGCGACGGGGUAUAACUUCGGUUUCCCUUACGUUGAUGAGUCUGUCAUCACAGUGAAGGAUAACAAGCUCGACUUGUACGAGUAUGUCUGGCCGCUGAUAUCUAAGCCCACCAUAGCAUUCAUCGGCUGCGUUCAACCGAUAGGGGCGCUGUUUCCUAUAGCUGAACUUCAAUGCCGCUGGGCGACUCGCGUUUUUAAGGGUCUAAUCAAAUUACCCGAUAAGGAGGUCAUGGAGGCGGACAUGACGGCAAAGCGUGACGCGAUGGCGAAACGUUACGUCCAGAGUCAGCGUCACACUAUCCAGGUGGACUGGGUGCCCUACAUGGACGAACUCGCUACACACGUUGGCUGCAAGCCCAACUUACUGAAACUUUUCCUGACCGACCCUGUCUUGGCCUGGGCGGUUCUCACGGGGCCAUGCGCGCCGUACCAGUAUCGCCUGAUGGGUCCUAACCCCUGGAAAGGGGCGCGGGAGGCAGUCUUGACCACCAUGGAGCGCGUGCUGUACCCCCUUCGAACCAGAAAAGCCUAUACAGGCUCCAGUGCCUCGGGCCCGGGGUUCCUCACAAUGCUGGUGAUAUUCAUCGUCAUAGUCGCAGUUCUCUUGAAGGUGUUUUUUGGAUGAGGCAGGUGUUUGAUGAUGUCGAUUGUAGAAACGUAGAUUGUAGAAACAUAGAUUUGAAAAUUUCGAUAUAUUUGAUACUUUUACACAAAUCAGCUCUUUACGGGCCUCAUGAGCCUCAAUGAAAAAUAUUUCGGGCGACGGAGCAUUCUACUACUUAGCACUAAAAAUUGUUUCGUCGUUUAUGUAUACCAAGCUACAGCCCAAAAUAACUCCGCAAGACAGAAAAUGAACAGUGAUUUUUUGCAUCAGCUUUUAGAAAUAAAACAGAUCGACUUUUCACAGAAUAUUCACAAAUACGUCUUUAAAUAAAUAGGCGGUCAAUUUAAUAUCUCUGAAAUUUUCCGUUUUUCCCUAUAUAAUCUGCCACCCUGGUAGAGGGUAACAAUUUAAGAUGUACAUAUCAUAAAUGAAGUACUCAUAUUUCCUAUGUCAGUAUGGAGUUCUUAUGCCGUAAUUCAGUUAUUGGUAACAUAAUAAUACUCUUAUAUUGCAUUUUAACAAACAAUAAAAUUGAAACCACUUC